CGCAGCCGCCGUGACACGUGAUAGGUCGGCCGCUGGCCUGAAGGCUCUCCCCGCAUUGUGACGCAGGCGACGUCUGCCUGGCAACCGCGCCGCAGGUGCGAUCAAGGGGCGGAGCAUGGCUGCGGAACGCCGGUGGCGGUGACGGAGUGACCCCGAGCUGGGGAGCCGCUCUCCUCCCUCCAUGGCGGCCCCACAGCGGGUGCGGGCCGUGCUGGACGUGUCCCUGCGGGUGCCCUCGGUGUUUGUCAUCGACGCCAUCUUGAACUCGUCCCACGAUGACUCUGCCGGCCUCCUGGCCUUCCUCCUGCAUGCCAGCCUCAGGCUGCUGGGUGUCUUGGCAUCCACGGUUGUGCUGAUGUUAUCACGAAGAGCACUUUUCAAGGUUUAUAUGAUCACCAUGGCCCUCAUAGUGGCUGCAAGUUCGGUGUUGGUGAAUUACUAUGCCACAAUGCACCUUAACUUUCACCGUGCCUAUCACUCGGUGGCAUUUGGGGUGGACUUCCUUCCACAAAAUGGACCCUCAUUGUGGAUGACACUCACUAUCUUGCAACUGUUUUUUGGGAUUGGAUUCCUUACACUGCUGGAGGUCCAGUCAGUCUACUCUCAACUAAUAAUACUGGAUCUUUUAAUCCCUGUUGUUGGUUUAAUAUUGGAACUUCCAAUCCUAGUGCAACAAGUGCUAGUGUCCAUUUCUGGCCUAGUUGUGGUCGGUUUCACUAUAGUAUGCUUGUCCAGCCGAUUUAAAUGGUUCUACUAUUCAACUCGCUAUACUGUCCUUCUGUUAAAGCAAAUGUACAGGAUUUAUGGACUACAGCUGAUGAUUGAAGAUGCAUGGAAAAAGAUUCACUUCCCCGAUGUCCUCAGAGUCUUCUGGCUCAGCAGACUAGCCACCCAGGCAGUAUUUUUAAUCUACUUGUUCAGGAUGUCAGCCAGUGAAACGGGAGAAGCCACUUACUUCAUACACUGGCAUGACAUUUGGGAACUUUUCUGCAACCUUAUAAUCAGUGGCUGCGACUCCACACUAACUGUUUUAGGGAUGAGUGCUGUAAUCUCUUCCAUAGCACAUUACCUGGGACUUGGAAUACUUGCUUUCAUAGGUUCAACAGAAGAAGAGGAUAAACGGCUUGGCUUUGUAGCCCCGGUUCUUUUUUUCAUUUUGGCCCUACAAACUGGUUUGAGUGGCUUAAAACCAGAAGAUCGACUUGUACGCCUUUGUCGGAACAUGUGCCUUUUGUUGACUGCCAUUUUACAUUUUAUUCAUGGAAUGACUGACCCAGUGUUGAUGUCACUCAGUGCCUCUCAUGUGUCCUCUUUUCGUAGGCAUUUUCCAGUAUUGUUUGUGUCUGUCUGUCUUUUCAUGUUUUCUGUUCUUCUCAGCUGCUUCUUGUGGCACUACUAUGCACUAAACACAUGGCUGUUUGCAGUGACCGCCUUCUGUGUAGAGCUGUGUUUAAAAGUAAUUGUGUCUCUCACAGUAUACACACUCUUUAUGAUUGAUGGUUACUACAGUGUACUGUGGGAAAGACUUGAUGACUAUGUCUACCAUGUGCGAUCAACUGGUAACAUAAUAGAGUUUAUCUUUGGAGUAAUCAUGUUUGGAAAUGGAGCUUAUACAAUGAUGUUUGAGUCAGGUAGCAAAAUCCGUGCUUGUAUGAUGUGUCUGCAUGCCUAUUUCAACAUUUAUCUGCAAGCUAGGAAUGGAUGGAAGACCUUCAUCAACAGGAGGACAGCUGUGAAAAAAAUCAAUUCUCUUCCAGAAGUUAAAUUAUCGGAAUUGAGGGAGAUAGACGAUGUCUGUGCAAUCUGCUAUCAAGAAUUCCAAACUUCUGCUCGUGUUACGCCAUGUCACCAUUACUUUCAUGCCCUCUGCCUACGGAAGUGGCUGUAUAUCCAAGACACUUGUCCGAUGUGCCAUCAAAAAGUAUACGUGGAAGAAGACUUGAAAGACACUGCUUCAUUUUCUAACAAUAAUGGGUUUAUUGUGCUAAAUGAGGAGCCUGUUCAGGUUCCCGUAGAAGAAGGUGCAGAGCCUGAAUUGGAGAACAGCCUUAGCGAAGACGAGAGUUCAGAGGGUGAUGAAGAAGAGUGGAAUAGUCAGCCGCGCACUUCCACUGCCGAAGAAUCUGUCAAUGACACUGACUCCAUGGGGGAUUAAAUAUUAUUUGUAUUUAACAUUAAUUUUGCUGUUGUCUAAAUCAUUGAGCGGGUUAUUUUGGGCUCCAGAGCAGAGACUAAGCUUCCGCUGUUUAAUUCUGAAAGCACAAGUUUUUUUGAAUCUUGACGCAAGAGUUUGAACGGAACAUUUCUGUUAAGUGCUACUGUAAAUAUCUCUUGGUCUCUUUUGUGACCUGAUUAAAUGUGUACAUUCUUGUACAUGGAAUAAAAA